AUGGCUACCAAUUCUGGUCGCGGCAACCCAAUUGCUGCUCCUGACGGUCCAAAGGUCGACACCCAAACACCUCCCCCCGUCGCAGAAGAAGCGAAGGCCACAAUCCAGACGACACCUUCCAGUGGCGCCACGGGAACGCAUGCCGCCGGCCAGGAUGCCGGCGCAGCUUCAAUGGAGGGCACCGGCAAGGUGAAAUCCGCCAAGGAGCUCGAGAAGGAGCGCAAGAAGGCCGAGAAGCUCGCAAAGUUUCAGGCCAAGAACGCUGCUAAGCAGGCUCCGCCAGCCGAAGCAACCACCAAGCAGAAAGAAAAGAAGGCCAAGGCUGCCGAGGAGGCUAUACCAGCGUAUGUCGAGAUUACGCCCCUCGGUCAGAAGAAACGGCUCAGGCCCUUAGAUGAUGUUCACUACAAGGCCUACAAUCCUGUUGCUGUCGAGAGCGCAUGGUACGAAUGGUGGGAGAAGGAGGGCUUCUUCAAGCCUGAGUUCACCGAGACUGGCGAUGUCAAGCCUAAUGGCGCCUUCACGGUCGUCAUACCUCCUCCGAAUUGCACAGGCAGUUUGCACAUGGGUCACGCCCUGGGCAACAGUCUCGAAGACAUCAUGAGCAGAUGGCAGAGAAUGCUUGGCAAGACCACCCUGUUCCUGCCUGGCUGUGAUCACGCCGGUAUCGCCACCCAGAGUGUCGUGGAAAAAAUGCUCUGGAGGAGGAAACAACAGACUCGCCACGACUUGGGUAGAGAGAAGUUUCUGGAUCUCGUCUGGGAAUGGAAGCAGGAGUACCACGACAAGAUUAACAAUGCGGAGCGAAAAAUGGGUAUAUCCGUGGAUUGGUCAAGAGAGGCCUUUACCAUGGACAAGAACCUGUCUGCAGCCGUCGCUGAGAACUUUGUGCGCCUUCACGAAGAGGGAAUCAUCUACAGGGCAAACCGACUUGUCAACUGGGACUGCAAUUUGACAACCGCCUUGUCAAACUUGGAGGUCGACCAGAAGGAGCUUACGGGCAGGACUCUGCUAGACGUGCCAGGAUACGAUAAGAAGGUCGAGUUUGGUGUCAUUGUUCACUUCAAGUAUCCCAUCGAGGGCUCAGAUGAAACAAUUGAGGUGGCUACGACCCGUAUUGAGACGAUGCUCGGCGACACUGGCAUUGCGGUCAACCCUAAGGAUAGCCGGUACACCAAUUUCGUCGGCAAGUUUGCCACUCAUCCCUUCAUUGAGGGCCGACGGCUGCCCAUCGUGGCUGAUGAGUAUGUCGACAUUGAAUUUGGUACCGGAGCUGUGAAGUUGACACCGGGACAUGAUCCCAAUGAUUUCAACCUGGGUAAGGCUCACAACUUGGAGUUUAUCAACAUCUUCACCGACGACGGCCUGCUCAACGAAAAUGCUGGCCCAUACGCCGGCCAGAAGCGUUUCGACGUGCGGUACUCGAUUCAAGAUGCCCUGAAGGCCAAGGGAUUGUAUGUCGACAAGAAGGACAACCCGAUGAAGGUGCCUCUGUCUGAACGAACGAAGGAUGUCAUUGAGCCGAUCAUGAAGCCGCAAUGGUGGAUGUCGAUGCGGGAUAUGGCCGAUGAGGCCGUCAAAGUCGUUCAGAACAACGAAAUCAAGAUCAAGCCGGAGUCAGCGGAGAAGAACUUCUACAGAUGGAUGGAAAACAUCCAGGACUGGUGCAUCUCAAGACAACUCUGGUGGGGGCACCAAUGCCCCGUCUGGUUCGCAACGGUUGAGGGCGAAGAGAAGGACACAUCGAACAACGACCGAUGGUUCAGCGGGAGGACGCAAGAGGAGGCAGAAGCCAAGGCCAAGAAGGCACUGGCUGGCAAGAAAUACACACUCGAGCGCGACCCCGAUGUCUUGGACACCUGGUUUAGCAGCGGUCUUUGGCCCUUCUCAACGUUGGGCUGGCCAAAUACCGAAGCGGAAGACUACAAGAAACUGUACCCCACGUCAAUCCUUGAGACUGGCUGGGAUAUUCUCUUCUUCUGGGUGGCUCGAAUGAUCAUGCUUGGCAAGAAACUGACAGGAGACGUGCCUUUCAGAGAGGUUUACUGUCACAGCUUGAUCCGUGACAGCGAUGGGCGAAAGAUGAGCAAGAGCUUGGGCAACGUCAUUGAUCCGCUUGAUGUGAUCAGUGGUAUCGAUCUCGAGGCCCUCCAUGCCAAGCUUCUCACUGGCAAUCUCGCGCCUACAGAAGUGAAGAAGGCCACGGCCUAUCAGAAGAAGGCUUUCCCCAAGGGCAUACCUGAGUGUGGCGCAGAUGCCUUGAGGAUGUGCUUAGCAGCAUAUACAACUGGUGGUGGUGAUAUCAAUUUCGACGUGCAGGUGAUGCAGAUGUACCGAAGAUUCGCCAACAAGAUGUACCAGGCAACGAAAUACGUCAUCGGAAAAAUCGACACCGUCGAGGGAUUUGUCCCCGCAAAGACCCGGACACUGCAGGGUAAAGAGUCUCUAUCUGAGCUUUGGAUUCUUAGCAAGAUGAACGCUGCGUCCAAGACUAUCAACGAAGCCCUGGAGGAGCGUGAGUUCAUGAGGGCUGCCAACGCGGUGUACCACUACAUUUAUGCCAACCUCUGUGACGUCUACAUCGAGAACUCGAAAGGCUUGAUUCAAGACGGCACAAAGGAACAGGCCGAAUCCGCGCUGCAAACCCUUUACUCCUCUCUGGAGGCUGGCCUACUGUUGAUACACCCAUUCAUGCCUUUUGUGACCGAGGAGUUGUGGCAACGCUUGCCAAGGCGUCCUGAUGACAAGACCAAGUCUGUCAUGCUAGCACAAUACCCUGUCCACCAGCCAGAGUUGGACCAGCCGGCCGCCGAGAAGGCGUACGAGCUGGUUCUGAACAGCUCCACCGGUAUCCGCUCCCUCAUGUCCGAGAACGCGCUCAAGGACGAGGCCAAGAUCUUUAUCCAAGCUUAUGACGCCGAGUCGCACAAGAUCGUCACCGAGCAGGUCGGCAGCAUCCGGGCACUUUCAGGCAAGGGCGUUGGCAGCAUCAGCAUCGUCGCGUCCGACGAGCCUCGCCCUGCCGGCUGCGUCGCCUACCCAAUUGGCGCGAGCGCGGCUGUCUUCUUGGCCAUCAAGGGCCGCGUGGACCUGGACGAGGCGAUCCAGAGCGCGACCAAGAAGCUAGAGAGGAAGAAGGGCGACGCCGACAAGCAGCGCAAGCUGGUUAAUGACCCGGCUUACGUCGAGAAGGUGGCGGUUGCGACGCAGGAGGCGGACAGGCAAAAGCUGAAGGAUAUGGAGGGCGAGCUCAAGGGCUUCGAGACCACGAUCGAGCAGCUGAAGCAAUUGAAGCUGGAGUAA